CAGACAUUUUUACGAUCGGAAUCGAGGUGCUCAAGGUCCUGCCAUGAGUCUCCACUUGCCCAAGCACAACUGGGGCACUCGGGGCAUGGACGCCUACGAGAAGCUGGAGUGUAUCGGAGCAGGCACCUACGGCCAAGUGUACAUGGCCAAGGAUAAGGCAACAGGAGAAGUGGUGGCCAUCAAGAAGAUCCGCAGUCUCAAUGAAGUGCAGGGCCUGCCGGUGACCACAAUUCGAGAGAUUAAAGUGCUCAAGUGCCUUAACCACCCAAACAUCGUGGACAUGAAGGAAGUGGUGGUAUCCUCUGAAAAUGACGAUGACGACUCCGAGUUUACGGACAAGGAUGAGCCUCUGGACUAUUGUCACGGGUCCAUAUACUUGGUGUUGGAGUACCUGGAGCACGACUUGACGGGUCUUAUUGACCGCCAACACCCUUUUGACGAUACUGAGAUCAAGUGCUUGAUGAAGCAGCUUCUGGACGUCAUGAAGUACAUGCAUUCCAUCGACAUCAUCCAUCGGGAUAUCAAGUGCUCCAACCUGUUGAUGACGAGGGAUCACAUGCUUAAAGUGGCAGACUUUGGUCUGGCGCGCUCAUUGCGUGGAGAUCAGCUGUUUACGAACAAGGUGGUGACUCUGUGGUACCGUCCGCCGGAGCUGCUUCUUGGCGCCACCAGCUACGAUGCCAGCAUUGAUAUGUGGAGUAUCGGUUGUGUGUUUGCCGAGUUGUAUAUCGGCCACCCGAUCUUCCAAGGCAAGACGGAACUCGAGCAAAUCACAAAGAUUUUCGACAUUUGCGGGACGCCAACGACCGAGUCGUGGCCCGACUACAAGUUCCUGACACAUAGCAGCACAUUCGUCCCUGAUAAGCCCAAACCCAAGCGUCUACGCGAGUAUUUGAUGCGUGAAACCACAGCAAGAAAGAGGAUAUUGCCCAAAGGAACUCUCGAGUUGAUCGAGGCGUUGCUAGUGCUGGACCCGGAGCAGCGGCUGACUGCUGGAGAUUGCCUCAAAGCCCAAUACUUCCAGGCUCGCCCGUAUGCCCCAGACGACCCAAAGAAGCUGCCUCCCAUCACAAACCUCCCUCCGUCGCACGAGUACCAGACCAAGAAGAUCCGCCGUGAACAGGCAAAGCAGCUGAACGGAGGUGCUAACAACGGCAACAGUAAUACUGGAGCCGGCGGACGAGCUUCGCGUCCAGUCAGUCCGAGCGGAGGUCGCUCGAAACAGAGCAAUGCUAAGGAAGGAGCAGAAGUGACGGUGAAGACGGAGAUCAAGAGAGAGGAAGACCCAUCGUCUGCUAAAAAGCGACGACGUGUGCAAUAAGGGCAUUGAACCUAGACUCAUGACUCGUAGAGCUUUGAAGCGGUACAUGUAGCCAAAACGCCGAUUUAAUUGCGCAUUUAUGUAGAAGCUGUCAAUGCGUGAGGUAGCGGUUCCUGGACGAUGGCGACGGGACGGUCUUCUGAAGCUGAGGCACAGAUCAAGCACAAAUCAGCUACGGCCUAUGAGAGAGCAGAGUGUUUGCGUUAUUUUACCUGCAGCAGUAACGAUGGAUUCUUGGUCUUGACGAUGCUGUUGACCUCCUGCAGCCACGAUAACGUGUUAGCUAUUAUAUGUUGCUAAGGUUUGUACGGAGACAGUGACGUACAUGGAGUCGCGUCUGCAGCACUUGAAGACGUGACUUCAUGGAGGUGUAGCGGAAGGUGAUAUGCUGACGAAUCGUGUCCUCUGAAGCGCGCAUGAAGUCGACAGAGAGCAGCUCAAUGAACUUGUACUCCAUGUUCUGGAUAAAAUCCAAUCGCGCUCGACCAUCCGCCUGCAUGAGGUACACUGCGAGGUGGUUAUGUGGCUCUUUGAUGCAGUUAUUGAGCAUGCGGAUCAGCACAUUGGCGUAGUCUGUGAAGUCCACCAUGAGCUUCUGCUGCUCCUGCAUGGCGUGGAAACUCUCCAGGUCGCACGUGUGGGUGUACAGGAAGAACAAGUCACUCUCAGUCGAGAGCUCCACUCGAACCACGUGAAUAUCUGUAUCACUUCCCUGCAAUAAUUCAAGACCGUAAAAUUAUCAGAACAGUAUCUUUUGGUAAAGUUGUGAGGAUUUUACGUACCAGAAUUAAAAUCUUAACCUUGAUAGCCUCAAGCGUUCCGAUCUGUUGUGGAGUAUUAUCGGCAUCCUGUUCAAGCAAAAAGGAGAUUAAUCAAAAUUUACUUGAAAGUUUGACAUGGUAUAGCAAUAUUACAAUGUUACCUG